AAUGGUCCUGGCGAUCCGUUGAAACCCGCGAUCGAAACAGGUCGACGAGUGAGGCGCCCAGAUCCAAACCCCCCUCCCCUCUCUCUCUCUCUCUCUCUCCAGAUCUCGCGUCCCCUCCCUCUCCUCGGAUCUAACCACUCCAUUUCCUCCCCACUCGCCCCGCCGCGACCCGGAGGAGGAGGAGGAGGAGGGAGAUCCGCCGCGGCCAUGGCGGGCGCCGCGGGAGGCUUCGUCACCCGGGCCUUCGAGGCCAUGCUCAAGGAGUGCUCCGCCAACCGCGGCAAGUUCGCCGCGCUCCAGCAAUCCAUCCAGUCCUACCUCGAUGCCAUCAAGGGGGCGGCGGCCCAGGAGCAGCAGGAGGACGGCGCGCCGGCGCCUGUCACGCAUGUGCUGGCCUCGGCCGGGCGCGUGCUGGAGGGCACCCAGGCCGAGCUGGUGCUGCAGCCGCUGCGCCUCGCCUUCGAGACCAAGCACAUCAAGCUCGUCGAGCCGGCGCUCGACUGCCUCCAUAAACUUGUUGCUUAUGACCAUCUGGAAGGUGAUCCUGGUCUAGAAGAGGGUAAAAAUUCCCCACUAUUUACUGACAUCCUGAACAUGGUAUGUGGGUGUGUUGAUAACACCUCCUCUGACAGUACUGUUCUCCAGGUCUUGAAAGUGCUCCUCAACGCUGUUGCUUCAAAUAGGUUUAGAGUACAUGGAGAACCAUUGCUUGGAGUGAUUAGGGUAUGCUAUAACAUUGCCCUUAACAGCAAGAGCCCUGUGAACCAGGCUACCUCAAAAGCCAUGUUAACACAGAUGAUCAGCAUUGUAUUCAGGAGGAUGGAGUCCGAGCAGGCUUCUGUACCACCUGCAAGUUCUGCAGUUAAAGAUGCACCUUCGUCUAGCACAAAGGAGGACUCAGAAAAUGGAGAAAUAUCCACUGACAAGCAGGAUGAGGAAAAAACUACUCUUGGAGAUGCGUUGUCCAUGAACCGUGCUUCAGAAGCAUCUCCAACAUCCGUUGAAGAGCUUCAGAAUCUUGCAGGAGGAGCGGACAUUAAGGGGUUGGAGGCUGUUCUUGACAAGGCUGUUGAACUUGAGGAUGGAAAGAAAGUUUCAGGCGGAAUUGACUUGGAUACAAUGAACAUAAUUCAGCGGGAUGCACUAUUGCUUUUUAGGACUCUUUGCAAGAUGAGCAUGAAAGAAGAAAGUGAUGAGGUUGCUACCAAGACAAGGCUGCUGUCACUUGAACUGUUGCAGGGAUUGUUAGAAGGAGUCAGUGAUUUGUUUGCCAAAAAUUUCCACUUCAUUGAUUCAGUUAAAGCAUACCUUUCCUACGCUCUUCUCCGGGCAUCUGUAUCUUCAUCUCCAGUUGUUUUUCAGUAUGCUACCGGAAUAUUUUCAGUUCUGCUGCUUCGAUUUAGAGAGAGUCUCAAGGGAGAAAUUGGUGUCUUCUUUCCUUUGAUAGUCUUAAGGUCUCUAGAUAGCUCUGAUAGCUCCCUCAGUCAGAAGUCCAGUGUUCUUAGAAUGCUGGAAAAAGUCUGCAAAGACUCACAAAUGCUUGCGGAUAUGUUUGUAAAUUAUGACUGUGACAUCGAGGGGCCAAACCUUUUUGAACGCAUGGUUAGUGCUCUUUCAAGAAUUGCACAUGGAUCUCAAAGUGCUGAUAGUGCUGCAGUUGCUUCAUCGCAGACAGUUUCUGUAAAAGGAUCAUCUCUUCAGUGCUUGGUGAGUAUUUUGAAGUCAUUGGUUGAUUGGGAGCAAGCUCGAAGAGAUUCCUCAAAUCAUGGGAGCGUUGCUGAAUCUCAUGAUGAUGAUGCUUCUGCAAGGAGCUUGGCAACUGAUGAGACGAAGGUCCAAGAGGAUGGCCGCAAUCAGUUUGAGAGAGCUAAAGCUCACAAAUCAACAAUGGAGGCUGCAAUUUCAGAGUUCAAUCGCAAGCCAGCAAAGGGGAUCGAGUAUCUAUUGUCAAAUAAGUUGAUUGAAAAUAAAGCAUCAUCCGUAGCUCAGUUUCUCAAGAGCAAUUCCAGCUUGGAUAAGGUAAUGAUUGGUGAAUAUUUGGGACAGCAUGAGGAGUUCCCCCUUGCUGUGAUGCAUGCUUAUGUUGAUUCCAUGAAGUUUUCGGGGUUGAAGUUUGAUGCUGCAAUUCGUGAGUUCCUGAAAGGUUUUCGCCUCCCUGGGGAGGCACAAAAGAUUGAUCGCAUAAUGGAAAAAUUUGCUGAGCGGUACUGUGCUGAUAACCCCGGGCUCUUUAAAAAUGCAGAUACUGCUUAUAUUCUUGCUUAUGCUGUUAUAAUGUUGAAUACUGAUGCACAUAAUCCAAUGGUAUGGCCUAAGAUGUCAAAAUCAGAUUUCGUACGUUUGAACACUGUGAGUGAUGAAGAGGAAUGUGCUCCUAAGGAGCUCUUGGAGGAACUUUAUGAUUCAAUUAUUAAUGAAGAGAUAAAGAUGAAAGAUGAUCUUCAUGCAGCAAAAACCAGUAAAAUAAGACCUGAAAUAGAAGAAAAGGGUCGCCUUGUCAAUAUCCUCAAUUUAGCUCUCCCAAGGCUGAAGUCAGCAAGUGAUACAAAGGCAGAAAGCGAAAAAAUUAUUAAGCAGACCCAAGCAGUUUUCAAAAACCAGGGACAGAAGAGGGGUGUUUUUCAUGUUGCUCAGCAGGUUGAGCUUGUUAGACCAAUGCUUGAGGCUGUAGGAUGGCCUUUGCUUGCAACGUUUUCUGUAACUAUGGAGGAAGGUGACAACAAGCCUAGGGUUGUAUUGUGCAUGGAAGGGUUUAAGGCCGGUAUCCAUCUUACUCGUGUUCUUGGGAUGGAGACCAUGCGCUAUGCUUUCUUGACAUCCUUAGUGAGGUUUACAUUUCUGCAUGCUCCCAAGGACAUGCGUAGUAAGAAUGUCGAGGCAUUGCGAACUCUCCUUGCUUUAGCUGACACGGAUAUGGAUGCUUUGCAAGAUGCUUGGAAUGCUGUUUUAGAAUGUGUCUCAAGGCUCGAGUAUAUCACUUCUAGUCCUUCAAUGGCCGCAACUGUUAUGCAGGGAUCAAAUCAAAUAUCAAGAGAUUCUGUAGUUCAAUCACUGAAAGAGUUGGCGGGGAAGCCUGCUGAACAAGUGUUCGUAAACAGUGUAAAACUGCCAAGUGAUUCCAUUGUUGAAUUCUUCGAUGGCCUUUGUAGUGUUUCUGCUGAAGAACUUAAACAGACGCCUCCUCGUGUCUUCAGCUUGCAAAAGCUUGUUGAAAUAAGCUACUACAAUAUGGCACGGAUACGUUUGGUGUGGGCCAGAAUAUGGUCGGUGUUGGCUCAGCAUUUUAUUGCUGCUGGGAGCCACCAUGAUGAGAAAGUUGCUAUGUAUGCCAUUGACUCACUGAGGCAGCUUGGCAUGAAGUACCUGGAACGUGCAGAGCUGAACAAAUUCACAUUUCAGAAUGACAUACUGAAGCCUUUUGUUAUUUUAAUGAGGAAUAGUCGCAGCGAAAAGAUCCGUGGUCUAAUUGUCGACUGCAUUGUUCAGCUGAUCAAGUCAAAAGUUGGUAGCAUAAAGUCAGGUUGGCGUUGCGUGUUCAUGAUAUUCACUGCAGCAGCUGAUGAUGAGAAUGAAUAUAUUGUUGAAAGUGCUUUUGAAAACGUUGAACAAGUUAUCUUGGAACAUUUUGAUCAAGUUGUUGGUGAUUGCUUCAUGGAUUGUGUUAACUGUCUUAUUGGUUUCGCGAAUAACAAAUGCACUCCUCGGAUUAGUUUGAAGGCUAUUGCUCUCCUACGUAUAUGUGAAGAUCGUUUGGCAGAGGGGUUUAUUCCUGGUGGUUCUGUUAAGCCUGUUGAUGUUCUCCCAGAGGCCAAUUUUGAUGUGACGGAGCAUUACUGGUUUCCUAUGCUUGCUGGCUUGUCUGAUCUGACCUUAGACUCCAGACCGGAAGUUAGACAUUGUGCUCUUGAAGUUUUGUUUGAUCUGCUGAACGAGAGAGGACAUAAAUUCUCCUCUCCCUUUUGGGAGAGCAUUUUCCAUCGUGUACUCUUUCCUAUAUUUGAUCAUGUAAGACAUGCUGGAAGGGAUGGCCUUUCUUCCGGGGAUGAUUGGCUUCGUGAUACUAGCAUUCAUUCUCUGCAGUUAAUCUGCAACCUUUUCAAUACUUUCUAUAAGGAAGUGUCAUUUAUGCUUCCACCUCUACUGGGCUUACUGCUAGAGUGUGCCAAGAAAACAGACCAAACUGUUGUCUCAAUUGCUCUUGGAGCUUUAGUUCAUCUAAUAGAGGUUGGUGGUCACCAAUUCAGCGAUGGUGAUUGGGAAACACUACUAAAGAGUAUUAGGGAUGCAUCAUACACAACACAACCCCUUGAACUCCUCAAUUCACUAGGAUUUCAGAAGACAAACAAUCAACAUUUACUUCCAAGAGAAUCUGAGACCGAUGCCAGUAGUUACCAUGAUAUCAGGGAAGGAGAAGCAUCGAUAAGUAAUAAUGGUGAACAGGAGGGUCAUCAGGAAACAAGUCCGCAGAUUGGAUUGGAAAGUUCAGAAGGUUUGCCAUCACCAUCUGGGAGAGCACAACCUGCAAUAUCCCCACCUAAUCAAACCUUUGGACAAAGAUUUAUGGGAAAUAUGAUGGGUAAUCUCUUGGUCAGAAGUCUUACAUCCAAAUCAAAGGCCAAAAUGGACGAUGCUGCUCCACCCUCACCUGCAAAGACACCUGAUGCUGAUGGAGCUGACAAGACUGAAGAGGAAGAGAACCCUAUGAUGGAGACUGUUAGAAGUAAAUGCAUCACUCAGCUGCUGCUACUUGGGGCUAUUGACAGUAUACAGAAGAGGUAUUGGAGCAAACUACAAGCCACACAACAGAUCGCAAUUAUGGAUAUCCUGCUCUCGCUCCUAGAAUUUGCUUCUUCAUAUAACUCACCAUCGAACCUUCGGACAAGGAUGCACCAUAUACCGCCAGAAAGGCCACCACUAAAUCUUCUUCGCCAGGAGCUAGCUGGAACUACUAUUUAUUUAGAGAUUCUACACAAAUCAACAGUGCACAAUGGUGCAAAUGGCUCAUCUGAGGAAACAAAUGGAUCUGGUGUGGAGUCUAAUCAACAAGAAAAGCUCAAGAGCCUAGCGGAAGGGAAGCUCGUUUCAUUUUGUGGGAAUAUUUUGAAAGAAGCGUCUGAUCUCCAGCCUAGCAACGGGGAAACUGCUAGUGCGGACAUACAUCGUGUACUUGAUCUACGUGCACCUGUUAUUAUCAAGGUUUUGAAUGGAAUGUGCAUCAUGGAUGCUCAGAUAUUCAAGAAGCACCUAAGAGAGUUCUAUCCAUUAAUUACUAAACUUAUCUGCUGUGACCAGAUGGAUGUUCGUGGGGCACUUGGCGAUCUUUUCAGCAAACAACUUACUCCACUCAUGCCCUGAGUCCUGGUCAAACUUCUCCCCGUUGCAAAUAUCUUUCUUACUGGAGUAUAUUCUGUAUCAGCAUUUUUUUGCACAUGGUGCACCGAAGGAAGCUUCACGUCCUCGAGGCGCAUAUCUGUUUUAAUAGCUACAACCUAGGAGGUGAAGAGUUUGUAUGCCAGAGAUCUGUAAAUUAGUAUACUACAAGUUUCCGUAGAUGAUGUGAGUACAGAUAUCUUGGAAAGUAGCUUUGCUUGUUGCAGCAUGCCAUUUUUCUUUGGCGACUUGCUGUAAUUUACGUGUUAUUUGUCUGUGCCUGGAUUGCGGGCCAUGAUUCUAUCAUUCUAUACACAAGUAGAGUUGAGACGAUGGAUAUGGCAUUAUAUGCUUAUAUGUGUACAUUGGUCAGCACAUUGUACUUGAUGCCUGUUGUUAUGUUGCAAUAGUAGAUUACUCAUGGCACUGCUUUUAUAGUCUGCAUUUAAUAAAGUUGAAGUCCAAUCAGUGUUCGACUA